GAAAAUAGAGAACAUCACGAGAGAAACCAUAGAGGCCCCAAUCAAUUCGAAUUAGUUGCGGUGUUUAAUAAAUUUUCAAGUAAAUAAUAAUAAUAAAAAAUUAAAAAAAAUGAGAAAUUAAUAUAAGGGAUUAUUAUUGAGGGUGAGGAACUAUGACAAAUCCAUGGAGCCUUUUUAAGUGUUGCACAUUGAAAUGUCUAACCUCUUUGCCCUCGGGAGUGUUUUAUGAGUCUUUUCGCAGUUACUCGUUUAAAGCAGUCUUCAACAUGUACGAGGCAUAUUUAAGGCAUACUCAAGGCCACGAUACCUUCAACUUUACCUUUAGGUCAGGCUUGGUAUGUCGAGGCAGAGUUAAAAUUCGAUAGAGAGUUUAAUUUGUCGAGAAAAGUGAGCGAGAGUGUGGAUAGCUUUCUGAGGAGGGUGGACCUUAACAUGUGCAAAGUCCUCGACAAGAGGAGGAGGAAGCUCAAGAGGCGUAGAGGAGAGCCGGAGAGUAUUGAGCACAGGGACAACGUGGGGGAGGGUAACAUUGUGAUGCUCAAGGGAGGUAAAAGAGUAGAGGCGGAUUUGCCCUUUGCGAGACUCAUCGAGGAUCCUCGAGAUCUCUUGCUCGUUGUCUUUCACGAGAAAUACGUCAUUAAAUUUAACGCCCCUUGGAUCACAGAGCUUCAACUCCCUGGGUGCAUUCUCGCAGGCUUUCCCCUCUAUCCAAGCGCGUUCGAGGCCUUAUACACCGACAAGUCCACCUCUAAGUUCAAGUGGUUUAAAAAUGGAAGUAGCAACAAGGAUAAUUCCAAGGGGGAGGACAACUGGGAGAGCAUUGGAGAGGGCUUUCUCUAUGUUCCCCAGGUUGAGGACAUUGGUUGUAGGAUCAAAUUAUCAUGUCUUCCUACUAGUGCAAAUCAAGAGGGACCUGAAGUACAAGUGGAGGGGAAGAGUGUUGUAGAGGCCGGGCCUGGCGUCUGCCCUUUUGAAAUUAGACAAAAAUUUACCACCACUAGAUUGACUGGAAUAUCACAUUUCAGGAUAACCUCGUAUAAUAUAUUAGCAGACACCUAUGCAAACUCUGAUUACUCAAGACAAUAUUUAUUCCCGUACUGUCCAUCCUAUGCUCUAGCUAUGGAUUAUCGAAAGCUGUUGAUUGUUAAAGAGUUAAUAGGGUACAAUUCAGACAUUCUUUGUCUGCAAGAAGUUGAUAAAAAAGUGUACGAGUGUGAUUUGAUGCCUGCCCUUUCCUCUCUCAACUAUAGCGGUACUUUUACCACCAAAGGAGAUACAAGGGAGGGUCUAGCAGUGUUCUACGAUCAAAAUCGUUUCCAAAUGCUUGAUAAAAAGUGCAUCGUUAUGGGCAAGAAUAUUGAAGUGAAUCAAGCUUUUAGUAGGAUUUGGGAUAAGAUACAUAAUGAGAAAGCGAGACAAUGCUUUUUGGAACGAAACACUUCGUUGCUCAUUGUUACAUUACAAUCUAGGAAUAAUCCAUCGGAGAUUUUAAUCAUAGGGAACACCCACUUGUACUUCCAUCCUGAUGCUGAUCAUAUAAGACUGUUGCAGAGCUACUUCGCCUUGACUCAAUGCCAAAGUAUUGUUGAAUAUAAUAACAAAAUUCAUUCAGGUAAACGUGUUUCAUUAAUACUGAGUGGAGAUUUCAACAGCACUCCUGCCGAUGGAAUUUAUGAGCUUGUGACGAAAAAGCAUAUUGGUGGAGAUCACGUCAAUUGGAAAUCAAAUCCCGAGCAGAUAAUCGAGAAUAUUCCCCUCUCUCACACCCUAUCAUUAGCAAGUGCCUGCGGCACCCCAGACUAUACUAAUUUCACCGUUGAUUUUGCUGACUGUCUCGAUUAUAUUUUCUACCAGACGAAUAAUCUACAAGUGACUCAGGUCGUUCCAAUGCCCAGCAAAGAAGAACUAUCAUUACACAAAGCAAUUCCCUCUAUUGUUUUUCCCAGUGAUCACGUAGCUAUCUGUGCUGACCUCACCUGGAUUCAAUAAUUAAUUUUUUUAUUUAUAUUUGGUGGAAAGAAAUAAAAUAUUUCUUACUAGAA